AUGCGACAGGUUAGGAACCUCGACGAGUACGUCGAGGAGCUCUACGAGGAGCAGAUGGACAUGAAGGUCCGAGGUGCGCAAAGGCUGCUGAGACUUUGCACCGAGGUCCGGGUGUUAGACCAACUGGCGGAGCACUCCACCCUGUUGGGAGUGCUAAGCCGCGAGCUGCGGGAAAACGCUAAGCGAAGCUAUGAGCUCGCCGUGGCCAUAACAGGUAUCUUUCUGAUCCUCGCAAACUUCUCCUGCUUCCACUUGGCCCUGAAGCGGCAUCAGUGUGGGGAAGUGACGAUGCGCAUUGUGGAGUAUGAGAGCAAGAGGCGCAAUGUCUUGAAGACCGACUUGGCACAGACGCAAGAGAAACUUGCCGGGUCGCAGGCAGGAGAUGAGCGUGGCAAAUUGCUUCGAGCUUUGGGGCGAUGUCGCGCAAGACUAGAGCGACAGGACCACCUGUUGCAAAUUUGCAUUUUAGUGCUCCGGGCUCUGUCGGAGGAUACAGCUCAGGAGCUGAAAUUUGUGAAGCAGAAGCUUUGCCAACUGCUGGUUCCCAUGCUGGGCAGACAGCACGAGGACUUGCUAAAGAACUCCCUCAGCAUGCUGCACAAGCUGACGAUCUUUGAGCAGAACAAGGACCAGCUGCUGAAGGACGACGUCUUGCAGCGGCUUGCCGAGCUCCUGGGCCAUCCCGCGCCCGAGGUCGCAUUCCUGGCUAUGAGAGCGUGUUACAAUCUCUCCUUCGACCAUAGGGGCCGCGCUGCCCUUGCCAGCCAGAGCAACGUGGUGGCAAGGCUGAUGGCUGCCGUGCAGCAUCCGAGCACCAGAAAGGUGGCUCUGAGACUGCUGUACCACCUCACGCUGGACCCGGCUGUCAGGUCCACCUUGACCAGCAGACAUCCCACGAUUGCCUCAAUGGCCUUGCAACUAGUGGCUCAGAGCAAGGAGCAGGAGGUUGAAGCUCUCGCCUUGCUUCUGAAUUUAGCAGCAGACGAGGCGGCGGCCUGCCUACUCCUGGCCGAGGAGGCCUUCGUGGUGAUGGCUUGGCGCGGGCUGAAGGGCAGCCAGCUCAUUCUCAAGGUGUUGCGCCACACUGCCUCCCAUCGAGCCAGCCGGUCAAUACUGCUGGAUGUCAUGGGCGGAGGUCCAGACGGCCCCGGUUCAAGCUAUGCGUGGCUUCUUGAGUUGCUGCGCCUGGCGCAGAGCACUGCAGGCGACAGGCAUGAUGUCCUGGUGGAAGCCAUCGGCAUCCUCGCUGCCUUGGACUGCAACAGCCCAGAGGUCCCUUGGCCCGACCUCUGCGAAGCAGGCCUCCUGGAGCUGCUACCAAGGUUGCUGAUGGUGGGCUUCUCCGAAGAUGACGUGGUUUUGGAGGUGGUCAUGUUGCUCAGUGUCCUCGCCCUGGAUCCGCCAGCAGCGGUGAUGCUUGCCAACUCCAAGGUCAUCCACCUGUUGCCGGAUGUGAUGGCAAGCAAGACAAAGGAUGGAGACCUCAUGGUACAGCUGACAUUUCUGCUCCGCUGUCUCCUCAUGUCGGAUGCAACCCGCGAUGCGAUCUUGCAAACCGACGCGCCUGCUCGUGUCCUGGAGCUCCUACGCUCUCCUGAGCCUGCGGUGCAGGAUGCGGCACACGAGCUCUUGGACAUCGUGGUGGCUGUGGAGACCCAGGAUGGCCAGCAAAGUAGAUGGACAAGGCAUAUCCAGGAGUACAAGUACAAAGUUCACAACAGUGAGUGGCUGGAAGCCGAGCAAGACGCGCCCAAGCCCCGCAAGGAACAGCCGGAGCGGUCGCCUUCACGGGACCCGUCCAAACGAAGUACGCUCGCGACGAGCACUGCUUCAGGCUGGGCCGAGUCCAGUGACAUGGAGGACCGCCGGGAGGAACGGCGAGGGAGGAAAAAGCGCAUCAAGUGA